UCCAAUAUGUUACGAUUAAUCAGGAGCUUAGCAAUAUGUAUGGCCAUAUUAUUCAAUUAGAUUUCGACAAUUUGUGACUGAAGUUGCAUUUUUUUCUUUUGGUUUUUAAGUUAAUUUAAGCGCUGCAAACAUGAAAGUGUCAAAGUUUUUUGUGAUCAUACUCAACUUAUGUUUAUUAGUUUUGUCAGUAACGAUGAUAAGCAGUUCCACAUCACUUAGGUUCAUUUUGGGAGAUUUUUAUUUUGUUCUAACGAAAGGCAAUGAUAUUGGUGGCUUAAACAUAACCUGGAUCGCCAGUGGAUUCGUUUUGUUGGCUCUCGGAGUCUUUGGAAUGUGGUCAGCGUUGAAAGAGAGUGCGUUUAUGAUGAAUUUGUACACAACCAUUCUUUCGCUCACUCUGAUCUUGCAAAUUGUAACCGCUACAACCUCCAAUAAAUUAAACGGACAAUUGGAUUACAUUGUUUCCCAUUCCAUUCAAAAUCUUAUGGUUCAAUAUGGAUACAACGUAGAGUACGCCUCAAUAAUGGACUCUAUUCAAAUGGAGAAUAGCUGUUGUGGAUAUAAUGGCCCAUCUGAUUGGCAGUCGUACGGUAAACAGACAACCAAACGUACAACGAAACGAGAUAUAACAACGGAGCCAUCAGAGCACUAUGAACUACUGGAAGAAUCUUUCUCGAACAUCGAAGACGAUUCCUCGGCCAUGGCUGAACGUUCAUUGAAAAAACCUUCUCCGCCAACCCCCCCAAUAUCAUGUUGUACAAGCGUCAAAAAAUGUAAAAACUACUACAGUCGUGGUUGUUUUAAAGUUUUGUAUCGGGAAAUUGCACGUGUCGUCUUCAUGGCUAAAACAGUGGCAAUGAUAUCAUCAGUUCUGCAGAUUUUCGGAAUAUUGGCUGCUUACAUUUUUGGCAAAACACUCUCAGUGUAACUGAUACUGAGGAUGGUUUUUUUAAAUUGGAAUUUCCACAUCAUAAAUACAAACACAUAAUAGUACGUCACGUCGUCGUAAAUUUACAUGAAAAUUGCUGCGUUUGAAGACAAUACGUUACGAUAAGAUAAGGUAUGGAUUAUUCAUCAUUGCAAAAAACAACAAUUCGAGACAGCUAAUAAUAUGUGCGUUCAGGAAGUUUAUUCAGUUUUUUUUUCUCUAUUUAUUGUUAUCGUUGACUUAGCGUAUGUAGAUUAUUAGCAAUCGAACUGUA